AUGCCCAAAACACCUACAACACCUUCCAAACCCAAAGCGAAAGUCGACACUUCCAACCCCGACUCUCCCUCCAAGAUCGGUUGGUCAGCAGGUGAUAAAUCCCUGUUAUUUGAACAUGUCGUCAAUUUCGGUCAGAACGAUUGGGAUAAGGCUGUACCUGGUAAGACCGCUCAACAAGCUAGGGAGCAAUGGAAGAAGACUCUUCUUCCUCAAAUUAGAAAACAAUGUGGAUUCCUCGGUUAG